UAUGGAUAUAUCAAACGAACUAAAUUUUCCUAAUAAACCUACUAGUGAUGAAAACAAAGAUUCUACUGAAGAUAUUAGUCUUGAUACUACUUUUUCGUCUCGGGAAGAAGCUGAAUUAUUUCUUGAGGAAUAUGGACGUCGUAAUGGUUUUGCUAUAGAUAAGUAUCAGAUGACAAGGAAUAAAUCAAAUCAAAGAGGACAUUUAUGUGUGAAUUUGGUGGUAAAUUCAGGCCAAAUAAAAAAGACGUUACUGGAAACCAAAGAAAUACUAGAACCAAAAAACGUGAGUGUUUAUGGCACCUAA